AUGGAAAAUGAAAAGCCUCCUCCGCUUCCACCGCGCCGCAACGCAUCGCCCCUACUGGCGCCAGCCAAACCUGAGCUUAAGAAGACAUCUUCAUGGGAUGAAAUAUUCGCCCCCUUGGCGACCACAUCUCCUUUGCCUCUCACCAACCUGAGCUCAGAGAAUAACCGUUCUCAGGCUGGUGAGGAUUCCGUGCCGAAAUCUCCUCCACUUUUGGCCAAAAAAUUAUCCAGUCUAUCUUCCCCUGACAAUGGUUCAAAAGGAAUUGCCUCUCCCGCCUCGACAGAAGAAAUCAAACCCGGGAAGAUAUGGACUUCAGUACUGCUGGAAGAAGAGCAGUAUAUCGAACGCAUGAACAAGUUUACGAACAUAUUCUACGGGGUCGUCAUCAAGGAAUGGCCGGUCUUAGAAAAACACAUGGAGGCUAUUGUUCUAGCCAGACAGCUUGCGCCAUUGCAUCAAGAGUAUAUCCUUGAUGUUGUCAAAGCGCAGACUCAACAGAACCCGUUCGCUGUCUGCGAUCCUCGUCUCUUCGCAACAUGGGCCAGCAAAACAUACAAGGUACUCAAAGAAUAUUCACGACGGUUUCCUCACGCUUUAUAUGCGCUUCGCCUCACCCAGAGUCGCGAUAAGAAAUUCGGUCCCUGCAUUGAGACAAUCGGUUUGAAUCUGACCAAGGCUGGCCAGAGCUGGGAAGACCAUCUUGUGUUACCCAUUGCACAGCUCGAUACGUAUAUCACAAAGCUGCAAGGUAUAGCUCAAUGGUUGGAUGAGGGUUCGGCCCCUAUUCUCACUAAAGAACAAUCACGUGUCAAGGCGACCCUUGAAACCCUUCAACGCCUCAAAACACAAUGUUCCGACUUGGCCGAUAAGUCUAUUAGCCAGGAGGAAAUACAAAGUUUACAUCGGAAAGUGCACACAGUCGACACAAGUCUUGUAGAUGUACUGGAACUCUCUUCGCCAGACCGUCGCAUUGUGUACCAUGGCUCGACUGCACUCAAGCUCAAUAACCGUGGCCCAUGGAAGCCUAUGCAGGUCGUUUUACUUGACAACUAUAUCUUCUGGGGAAAGCUCAAGUCCACGAAGGACACAAACCAUAAGGGGAUGAUGAUCGACAGUAUUCGGGUGAUCGAAAAGCCUGUGCCUGUAACUCAGAUAGCUAUCAGACUACCUCUGGACUCAACCAAGACUCGCACAUCCUCUUAUCUGGACGAAUUGCCUCGAGGAGUAAUAUUGUAUGAGCUUUUCGUUGACAUCAACGUAAAGCCAGGAAGCUUCACAACGCUCACAAUAGGGACUUUUUCGUACGAAGAGAGGAGCAAUUGGUACCAGAAGCUGAGUGAGGUAGCUGGCACGAAGUCCCCACAAAUCCCUGAGUGA